AUGUUAGGAGCCAUAGAUUACGAAAAAAGACUUUAUUUAAAACAACAGUGUGAAUUUGCGGAAAAUAUUCCUCAAAUAGGUGAAAUAAAUGUUUCACCCAUUACUUCGCCGUUGGCCAAGCCAAUGCUUGAGAGAUUUCGAUCUCCUACAAAGUGUCCCAAUGCGGAUAGAUUCAUACCAUCUAGGUCAGAAAAUUGGGAAACAAAAUAUGCUAUGAUAUCAGAGAAUAGUUCCAUACCAGCAUUAAGAAAAGCUAGGGAAUCUGGUGAAACAGGAAGAGAUGGCUUAGCCUAUUCUUAUUUACUAAAAAAUGAAGUCUUAGGAUCAAACAUUGAGGAUAUUAAAACAAAUUGUGAUGAAAGAAGAGCCCUAUCAACUAUUGAAGGCUCUAACUUGUUUCAUUAUCAGUCUCCUAAAAAAAGGCUAGAUUUUAAUGAACCAACAACACCUUAUUCACUAUCACCAGUUAGUUGCUACAGUCAAAAACUUUUACGUUCACCAAGGAAGGCAACAAGAAAAAUAUCAAGAAUACCAUUUAAAGUUUUAGAUGCACCUGAGUUACAAGAUGAUUUUUAUUUAAAUUUGGUGGAUUGGUCAUCUCAAAAUGUAUUAAGUGUUGGAUUAGGUAGUUGUGUGUACUUGUGGUCGGCUUGUAAUAGUCAAGUUACUAGAUUAUGUGAUUUAUCCAGUGAUGGAAACUCAGUGACUUCUGUGGCAUGGAAUGAAAGAGGAAAUUUAGUUGCUGUCGGUACUCAUCAUGGUCAAGUACAAGUGUGGGAUGUUACAGCUGGAAAACAGGUUUGCAAUUUGGCAUGGUCGAAACAUUCAUCGGAACUCGUGAGCACUCACGGAUAUUCACAAAAUCAAAUAUUAGUUUGGAAAUAUCCGAGUCUCGUUCAAGUGGCAAAAUUAACGGGUCAUUCGUACAGAGUUUUAUAUUUGGCCAUGUCGCCGGAUGGUGAAUCUAUCGUUACCGGAGCUGGAGACGAAACUCUCAGGUUUUGGAGCGUGUUUAGCAAAGCGAGAACGCAAAAGGAAAAUCGAUCCGUUCUUAACUUAUUUACAAAUAUACGUUAA